AUGAUCAAAGCAUUAUUUAUUGUAAAUUGUUCAAAUGAUAUUAUUUACCAAAAAAAUUAUGGAAAAACAAUUGAUAAAGGUGUUCUAGUUCCAUUUUAUGAUAAAUUAACUACUAUUCCAAAUUAUAAUAAUAUACCACCAGUAAUCAAUUGUAAUAGUUAUUGUUUAUUCCAUUUUUGUCAUGAAGUUUUCUAUUUUAUUGCUGUUACUGAUAUAGAUGUUUCACCAUUAUUUAUUUCAUCAUUUCUUCAACGAAUUCGUAUUAUAUUAAAAUAUUGUUAUCCAGAUGGAUCAUUUAAUGAUAAUACAUUAAAACAAGAUUAUAUUCGUCUUAUACAAAUUAUGGAUCAACUUGCUGAUGGAGGAUUUCCAUUUAUUACAGAACCAAAUACUAUUGAUGCUCUUCUUAAUGAAAAUACAACAUCUCAAAAAAUAGAAAAAGCAGUUUUAGGAGAAUUAACAGUAAAUUAUGAUAAAGAUGCAUUAGGUUCAAGAACUCUUCCAUGGAGAAAAGAUGGAGUUAUUCAUAAAACAAAUGAAAUUUUAUUUGAUGUUAAUGAACGUAUUUCUACAGUUUUUAAUCUUAUAACAGGAAAAGCAUCAAGAACAGAAGUAUUAGGAGAAGUAAUUUGUAUUUCUUCAUUAAGUGGAAUUCCAGAUAUUACACUUAGAUUUGAAAAUCCACAAAUUAUAGAUGAUGUUUCAUUUCAUCCAUGUAUUAGAAUUGGAAAAUGGGAACAACAAAAAGUUCUUUCUUUUAUUCCACCUGAUGGAAAAUUUACAUUAUUUAAUUAUCGUGUAAGAGGUACUCUUCAAGCACCAAUUAAAUUAGGUGGAUCUAUUAAAUAUACUUCUUCACAAGGAUUAGUUGAAUUAAGUGUUUAUUCAAAUAAUAUUGCAGGAUUUGGAAAUGGUCCAUUAAAAAGUGAAUUAAUUAAUCAACAAGUUAUCAUAGAAUUUCCAGUUUCUGUUACAUCAUGUCAAUUAGUUGUUAAUACUGGAAAAUAUAUUUUUGAUGGAAUAAAACAUGUUUUAAUUUGGAAUAUUGGAAAAAAUGACCCAAAAAUUGUCCCAACUAUUAGUGGUACUGUUAACCGUUCAAUGUAUGAAGAUACUGAUACUUUUACUAAAGUUUCAAUGAAUUUCCAAAUUAUUAAUUAUGCUGCUUCUGGAUUAAGAUUUAAACAUCUUGAAUGUAAUCAACCUUAUCAAGUAAGAAAAGGAGUUAAAUUUACUACUUAUGGAGGAAGAUAUCUCAUUAAAGUUUAA